AGGAGAUUCACUUCUGAUCCCGGACCCUCCUGCUUCUACUUCUUUAUUUCGUCCUGAGCAGUUUAUGGAUGUAUGACUCGGCCAGGGAAGUCUGCUGCGUGGGUUUAUGUCGGUAAAACGCAUCUCCUGAAAACCUGAGAGGAAUGUCGACUUCCAAUGAACGUGUGCAAUCCGAUUAUCCAAUGAUCGAGCCCUGCACUCCCACCAUGUUGGACAGAACUGAACCAUUACACUGCACGGUAUGCUGCUGCACUCUGGUCAACAAAAUCCUCAUGGUGCUCUUCAUGGUGCUGCUGAUAUUCGCCAUCCUGUUUGGGAAUCUGGUGACUCUGGCCGUGGUGCUUGGCACCAAACACUUCCACACUCCGCAGGGCUACCUGAAGGCGUCCCUAGCCGUGGCCGACCUGGCCGUGGGGAUAUUUGUGGUGCCGCUGUCGGUCUAUGCCGAGGUCUAUCUCAUGGUGGCUGAAUCCGCACCGGAGUGGACUUCAUACAACUCCCAGUCGGUGGGUUUCCACCCGUGCAACAUCAUCGGCCCCAUCUUUGCUGGGUGCACCUUUGUCUCCAUCACGACCAUCUUCCUGUUGACGGUCGAGCGGAGCAUCGCCGUGCUGAGGCCGCUGCACAAGGACUCCGUCAUCACUCGCAAAAGGACCACGAUCCUCAUCGUCCUCUCCUGGGUGGGGAGUUUCUCCCUGGCUGUUUCUCCGAUGAUCUUCAGCAGUGAAAUCGCCCUGGAGUAUAACUCCUGCAGCAGGAUGUGCAACUACGCCUUGGGGUCCAUCGGUGAGUUCCCCAGCCAGGCCUGGAACAUCCUCCUCCUCUUCCCCGCUUUUGACUUCACCCUCCUGGGCGGCACGGUGGUCAUUAACAUCAUCUCUCUGUCCAGCAUCCGCCAGCAUUCAAAGCGCAGAAAAACUCUGGCAGAGACUGACUACCACAGCACCAGCAAGCCCUCGUUCUCGGACAUCAAAGCGGCCAAGACCAUCGGAACGCUCACGGUGGCCUUCACCGCCUCGUUCACCCCCAUCGCCGUCUUCGUGGUCGGUAACGUUUUGGGAAACGAGUGGUGCAACUUUUCCUUUUUUGCUUUCUGGAUUUUGGCCACCACCAGUUGCUGGAAUGUUAUUAUUUACAGUGUGAGGGAUCAGAAGUUUAGGCUGUGUGCACACAAACUUUUGAUGCCUUCCCACAGACAAAGCAUCACCAAAACCUAG